AUGAAUGUGGACAAGUUGGUAGCCGAUCUUCACGAAAUAGAAGAGGACUACGAAGGAGAGAGCGAGGGGGAGGAAGACCCUUCAAUGAUGACGCAGAAGGUGACGUUCUCAAGUGGAAGCGUGAACAGAAAGCUAUUCGACGAAAAAAUGAGCCAUCACUACGCCAUUUUUAACACCAAAAAUGAGUUUCGAAAAACAGAAAUUCAUGUAGAGAAGACGCAGAUUGAAAUAGUGAACCAUUUUAUAUUUCUGCUUAAAUUGCUAAGAAGGAGCAAUGACGAAGAGAUCAUACGAGAGAUAGCCAACUGCAUUAAAGUCACCUUUGAGACGGACAACGAUGAGGUGCAGAAACUGUCCGAGGAAAAAUCCUUCUACCUCUACAAACAAUACCUACUGAAAAAUAAACAUUUUUUUUUAAAACUCUGCAGAAGUAUGAAGAAUAGACAUUUCUACCCCGAUGUAAAACAAAUCAUUAAAGACAUCACUAGAGAUGUUUUUUCAUUCAAUAAGGAGAUACUUCAUGGCAUUCUGGGCUUUAAGUCCAUCUUGUUCAGUCUCUACAAUUUGCUAGGGAAAUAUCUCCAAUGUGAGGUUAGGAAAAUAUUGCUGGCAUUCUUCCUUCUAAGUCUUAUGAGUCGAACUAAUAACACGGUCGACAUUUUAUACACGCUGGAAUAUUAUUUCAAAAACAGCAAUUUCUCCAUUAUUGUUCCAAAUAGCUGCUUCAUUUCUCCAUGCGAGCUCAGUAUUUGUAAUAACAUCAUUCUGUUACGUAGCUGUGUCAAAUACUUCAUCAAGGUUACAGAGGAAUCGUCGUCUCUGCUGAGAUACAACUGCUACAACGUUAUCUACAUUGAUGAGAAUUUAAUAAGUGACAAUUUUUAUCUGCACAUUUAUAAAACGCUGCUGAAGGAUUGCAAACACCAUUACCUUUUUCGGGACACCGAAUUAUUCGGCCAGGUAGACUUCUUUGAUGUGAAGUCUAACUAUGCCAAGUUGAAGUCAAAAGGGGUGCCUCAAGCGGAAGGUCCCUUUCGAGAGGUACCAACUGGCUACGAUGUGACCAUCUCCCCUGAUAGUGAAAAAAGGGACGGCAUGGAACAGAAGGGAGACCAUUUUGCAACCUUCUUGGACGAUAUAGAAGUUUCUUCCAGCUCCACCUUUAACUGCAGCGAUAACGAAAUUGACAUAGAAAAGAUAAAUGAGAAGAAUCGACUGUACCGGGAUGCAUGUGAUCAUUUGGGAAAACGCAGAAAGAACUUCUUUUACCAGUAUUUGAUUAUCGAGUUGAGUUCGUGA